GAAACCAUAUUCUAAAAAAUGCCACUUGAAACCACCACGCCACCGACCCCUAAAUCCACCACGGUAUGUGUGACCGGAGCGUCCGGCUUCAUCGGCUCGUGGAUUGUCAUGAGACUCUUGGAACGUGGCUACAUUGUUCGCGCAACCGUCCGUGAUCCAGGAAACAUGAAGAAGGUAAAGCCCCUACUAGAAUUGGCAAGAGCAGAUACCAAUUUGACACUGUGGAAAGCAGACCUGAGUAUAGAAGGAAGCUACGAUGAGGCAGUCCAAGGUUGUGAAGGGGUGUUUCACAUGGCCACUCCCAUGGAUUUCGAGCCCGUCAAUCCCGAGAGUGAAGUGAUCAAGCCUACAAUUGAUGGGAUGCUGAGCAUAAUGAGGUCAUGUGCCAAGGCCAAAACUGUCAAGAAAGUAAUAUUCACAAACUCAGCUGGGACAGUGAAUGCUGAAGAGCAUCUGAAACCAGCCUAUGAUGAAACAAAUUGGAGUGAUCUGGAAUUCAUAUAUUCCAAGAAAAUGACUGGAUGGAUGUACUUUGUGUCUAAAAUCUUAGCUGAAAAAGCUGCCAUGGAAGCAACUAAAGAGAGUAACAUAAACUUCAUCAGCAUCAUACCACCAUUGGUGGUUGGACCCUUCUUCAUGCCUACAUUCCCGCCAAGCUUACUCACAGCCCUCUCUCCUAUUACAGGGGAUGAAGCUCACUACUCCAUCAUAAAGCAAGGACAGUUUGUCCAUGUAGAUGAUCUAUGUGAAGCUCAUAUAUUCUUGUUCGAGCACCCUAAAGCCGAGGGAAGAUACAUUUGCUCCUCACACGAUGCAACUAUCUACGACAUAGCAAAUUUGAUCAGAGAAAAAUGGCCUGCAUACAGCAUCCCGACUGAGUUUGAAGGCAUUGACAAGAACAUACCUGUGGUGAGCUUCUCCUCCAAGAAACUGGAAGGAAUGGGGUUCUCGUUCAAGUACACGUUAGAGGAAAUGUUUAGAGGAGCCAUUGACAGCUGCAGAGAGAAGGGAUUGCUGCCGUUUUCCACUCAGACCCACAGCAAUGGAGAAAACAAAGAAUCCACUUUGGAUUCCCAGAAAAAGCAUACUACCAUUGACAAUUCUGUAACUAAGGAAAAACAGAUGGAAGCGGGUGAGAACGGAAAAUGUGAAUGAAUUUAGCAUGUGCACAACAUUGUGAAGAUUUGUUGAUCUACUGUUUCCAAAUAAGUUGGGUGUUGUUCUGUUGAAUCUCACUCACAUUCCCCAUCACCAUUCUACAAGAGUUGAAUAAGUUUAUCUUGCACUGUGAUAAUGUUAUGUUUUAGGCCACUUGAGCUUUCAAAAUCAGUGAGUACCAAAUGUCAAGAUGGUGUUAGUGCCAGUGUAAUAUCAACUCCAAUUAUAAAAUCACAGCAAUUAUGUAAUUCAAUCAAUGCCACUUUUAAGAUA